AUGCAAGAAUCACACGUACCAAGCGUGACCAACAAAUUAUUCAUUGAAGCACAGUAUACGCAAAAAAAAGAGAUGCCACUUCAACGUUCGCCAUCUACAGGAAUGUGCUCAUCACAACCUAAUCUAAGUACUAAUGACGAUGGGGAGGCAAAUGUAAGGAUAAAUACAAGAAAAAGAAAAAUGUCAGAAAAUGAGAAGUUUGCAGAAUUUUGUUCGGAUAUGAAAGUAAUUUUUCAGGAAUUCCAAUCAAAACAAGACACAAAAUAUGAUAAUCUGGUUAAAGCUAUUGAAGCAUUAACCAUACAAAAUGAAAAAUUAAUUGAAAGCAAUGGGGAGAUAGAAAAAAUCCUACAGCAAAAUAUUGAUCAACAGAAUGAGUUACAGAAAAAAGUUUUUGGCCUGGAGGUAGAAUGCGCAAACGCUCAUAAUAAGAUUGACCUACUGGAGGAACAAUUGGAUCAAUUACAAAGGAACCAGCUGAGGAACGUUUUGGAAGUUAGAAAUGUACCUAGAGAAGAAAAGGAAGACUUAAAUAAGAUCGUUACUAAGCUGAUGAGGACUGUGGAUAGUGAAGCAAACAUGGAACAUGUCAGGCAAGUAUAUCGUGCAGGAAAAGCAAAUGCUCCGAUUGUUAUUGAAUUUAAAAACUUCAACCAUAAAAUACAGAUACUAAAGUCGGUGAUAUCAUAUAACAAAACUAAUAAGGACAGGAAAUUGAAUAGCAAAAAUUUGAGCAUUGAAUCUUCUAUAACCCCUGUUUAUGUUUCUGAUAAGCUGACUCCUAAAACUAAAAUGCUACUUAAUGCAGCCAAACAACUCGUCAAGGAUGGUACAUUUAAGUACUGUUGGGCCUCAAAAGGAAUUGUGUUGUUGAGAAAAAGUGAAGAUGAAACUCCGAUACGUAUUGAAAAGCCUAAAGAUUUGGAAAAGUUUCAAUGUAAGUCAAAGUGA